CUGCCGACCCGCCGGAGCAGAUAGGGUCGUCUCCGGACUCCGGCGCCGUCGUCCCCCCUCGCCCCCCUCCCACACGGCGGCAUCUGCCCGACCUGCUCUCUCUCCAUGAUCCUCCUCCCUCCGUGAUGCUCCACCGUGUAAGCUCGGCCUGCCCGCCUCCAGGAGCUCGCGCCGAUGCCGGCCGCCAGGAGCUCGGCUCCAGGGUCUCCAAGAGACAUCACGGCUGGGUUCCCUCCCCGCCGAGGCGCCGACGGAGCUCCGUCUUUCACCGGCGCUCCCUUCCCCGCCGGAUCCGACCCCGUCCAGCCCAGCUCCGGCCUCGACCGGCUCUGCUCCGGCAACGACGUCGAGCAAGCAGCGUAGACGGCGAUGGGGUGGCGACAUCUUUGCAAUUAGCGACUUGUGCCGCACAUCUGAGCUGACCAUCUAGACGAUGGUUUUCGAGGAUGGCACUUCCAUUUUGCGGCAAUGUCGACGGCAUUCUUGCUGCCCGCGGUGCUCCUGGUGGCAGCGGCAGUGGCAGCCACCACGGAGGCAACCAAGAACCUCGUCGUGACUCGUGGCUGCGUGACGAGCUGCGGUGGCGUGGACAUCCCCUACCCCUUCGGCAUCGGCAGCGGCUGCUUCCGGAAGGGCUUCGAGAUAGAGUGCAUCAAGAACAGCCCUGUGCUUGCCGGCACGUCCAUUCACGUGGUACACCUGUCGGGGGAUCCUGCAGAGUCGCUGGUGAUGCUCCCUGUUGGGUGGCAGUGCUACAACACAAGCAGCCCAGACAAGGUCGAGGCCAGCAGCCAUGGUGAGACGGAGAUGAACAAGCAUGGUGUGUACCGCCUGUCCAACACGCACAACAUGCUCGUCAUCCUAGGCUGCAACACCAUGGGCAACAUUGGGAGCGUCAGAACCACGCGUGACGUCGACGAAUACUCCUACUACAUGGGGUGCAUGACCUUCUGCAACUACUCGGCGACCGCGCAGGACGGCCUCUGCGCCAGUGUCGGGUGUUGCCACGUUGACAUCCCGCCGGGGCUCACCCACAACUACUUCUAUUUCCGUGUGUACGACCACACCGGCAUGAUGGACUUCAGCCCAUGCGACUACGCCUUCCUCGUCGACAGGACCAACUACACCUUUCGGCGCUCUGACCUCCUCAGGGACACAAACCGGACCUCACCGGUGUGGCUGGACUGGGCCAUUCGCGGCGAUGAUGACUCUACCUCAUUAUCAUGCGCUGAAGCGGCCAAGGCCACGACAACGGAGUAUGCCUGCGUCAGCAAUCACAGCGACUGUGUCAACGCCACCAAUGGGCCUGGUUACAACUGCAGAUGCUCCAAAGGCUACCAGGGCAACGCCUACCUUGUCAACGGCUGCAGCAACAUAGAUGAAUGUGCGGAUCCAGCAAAGUAUCCUUGCAAAGGUGUAUGCAGGGACACCGAAGGAUCUUACCAAUGCACCUGUGGUCCAGGUUAUGGGAGCGAUGACCCAAAAACUCAACGCUGCACUCCAAAGUUCCCACUUGCUGCACAGAUUUGCAUAGGUACAAUAGGUGGUACUCUUGUCAUCGCAUUUAUGGCAUUCGUCAUUAUUAUUCGGAAAGAGAAGCAGAAGACCAAAGAGUUCUAUGAGAAAAAUGGUGGUCUUACCUUAGAGAAAGCUAAAGUUAUAAAGCUUUUCAAAAAAGAGGAGCUCAAGCCAGUUUUAAAGAGUAGCAAUUUAAUUGGAAAAGGUGGCUUUGGUGAAGUUUACAAGGGGGUUGUUGAUGACAUACUAGUCGCAGUAAAGAAACCAAUUAGUGGUAAUGUGCUGGAGAACAAGCAAUUUGCAAAUGAAGUCAUCAUCCAAUCCCAAGUCAUCCACAAGAACAUUGUUAGGCUCAUAGGUUGUUGCCUAGAAGUGGAUACCCCCAUGCUAGUGUACGAGUUCAUUUCGAAAGGAAGUUUGCACGACAUUCUUCACAGGGUUGACAACAAGGAGCCUCUCAACUUGGAUGUGCGUCUAAGCAUUGUUGCUGAAUCUGCACAUGGUCUAGCUUAUAUGCAUUCACAGGCCCAUACCAAAAUCCUGCACGGUGAUGUUAAACCAGCAAAUAUACUCUUGGAUGACAAUUUUGUGCCAAAGAUCUCAGACUUUGGCAUAUCAAGGUUGAUUGCAAUAGACAAGGAACACACUGCAAAUGUCAUUGGUGACAUGACUUAUAUGGACCCAGUAUACCUACAAACAGGCCUAUUGACUGAAAAAAGUGAUGUCUACAGUUUUGGGGUUGUCAUCUUAGAGGUCAUUAGCAGGAAGAAGGCCACUCAUUCUGACAACAACAGCUUGGUGACGAGUUUCCUCGAGUGCCACAAAGAGAAGAAGAAAGCAACCGAGUUGUUUGAUAAGGAAAUUGCAACCACAGGAAAUUUGGAGCUUCUUGACACACUAGCAGGGAUUGCUGUGGGAUGUCUCAACCUUGAUGUGGAUCAAAGGCCAUCAAUGACAGACGUUGUGGCGCGCCUUCUCACAUUGAGUCGAUCACGUAUGGUGUAACUUGGUUUGCGGAGUUGAGUUUUAGCAACAUGUAUGAACCUUUACUGUGCAUCACAUUUCUUCCCAUUCCAAAGUCGAAGUGCAUCUUCAAGUAAGAUAUGCAACUUUCGAUGUGUGAACCUUCCCUUAUUGUAUUUGCUGCUCUGAGAAGUAGGGGUUUCAGAGAACUUGUAGUAUGAAUGUAGCAAGUAAUCGUGUGUUUUAUGUGACCAAAUGUAUGGAUUAAUUAAUUAAAUUCAUGUGUGAUGUUGCGAUUU